AUGGAUAUUACCGAACAUUAUUUCCUCCUCUCAAUAUCCCCUCCCUCCACUCAACCCCCACCUCCACCUCCCCUCAACAAUUUGAGGUAAAAAAAGAAACACACACUACAGAGUUUGAAUCCACUCUGCAGCCUGCUCCAGACAAUCUUUAUCAAUUUCAUGCUGUGUGCUUGGUGGGUUUCAACCAUUCUUUCAUCCUAGUUUCCACCCGUUUCGUCUCUAAGGGACGUUUGCACAAGCACCUUGUGUGCAGUAUUUAUCUUGCCUUUAAACUUUACACAUCUUUGUCGUUCAUUCACUCCAUUCAAUAGUGAUUGGUGUCAAUUUCUUUAAGUUUUAUCAAUUGAUUUUCUUUGCAUAUUCUUGUCCAUUUCCAUUUUUGUCUUCAAUCAAUUCCCUGACCAAGUGUUUUUGUUCCAAUAACUCUAAGCAAUUCGGCUGCUAGGUUGAGAGCAUUCAUGUGUUAAUGUUAUCUGGAUUAAAGAUUGAAUCUUUUCAGAGAAAUAAUGGAUCUUUCCUACAAGCUGCAACGUUUGCUUAUCUUUGUAGUUAAUUGGGAAUCUAGAUGCUUCCAUUCCAUAUUCGUUAACGUUGGUGGCAGUCAAACUAUGACAAAUGCUUCUGUUGCUAGAUUUAGUGGAAUUAACAGAGCAGUGUUGCCACUUCCUCGUAGGAGAAAGUUCCAAAUAGCAUUUACAAGAGACUUUUCAACCUGUGCUUCACCGUAUGCAUGUUCAUCAUCAUAUGCCGUGAAUACCCCUGCUGCUUUUGUGUUAAAUGCCCAACUCGCAGCAUCAAAUACUCCGCAACGCUCUGAAGAAUGGUUUGCACUGCGCAAGGACAAGCUAACAACGAGUACCUUCAGCACAGCAUUGGGAAUGUGGAAAGGCAAACGCCGCUAUGAACUAUGGCAGGAAAAAGUUUUUCCUUCAAGCAUGCAGGCAGCUGAGGGCUCUAAAAAAGGCGCUAUGGAAUGGGGUGUUCUUAAUGAAGCUGCAGCUAUAGAGCGGUACAAGAGCAUUACUGGCCGGGAUGUCAGCUCGUUGGGGUUUGCCAUCCAUUCAGAGGACCGAUUGGAUUGGAUUGGAGCUUCCCCAGACGGGCUGCUUGGAUCCUUUCAGGGAGGUGGAGUUCUUGAAGUGAAAUGCCCGUUCAACAAAGGGAAGCCAGAGACAAUGUUGCCAUGGAAGACAGUUCCAUUUUACUACAUGCCUCAGAUACAAGGUCAAAUGGAGGUGAUAGACAGGGAUUGGGCAGAUUUGUAUUGUUGGACUCCAAAUGGAAGCACUAUAUUUCGUAUUUAUAGAGAGCGUGGCUAUUGGCAAUUGAUGCAUGGAGUUUUACGAGAGUUUUGGUGGGAGAACGUGAUGCCAGCAAGGGAAGCCCUUGUGUUGGGAAUGGAGGAAGAAGCCAAAUCAUUCGAGCCAACAUCAACACACAAACUAACUGGACUUAUCAUCGCGAAAAGCUUAAAUUUAUCCGGGGAAGCAAAGUUGCUGUGCCGGGAGAUAGCAGGUCACGUGGAGUUCUUCCGUUAAGUGGUUUUUGGAUAAGUGCAAAGAAUAUUCAGACUUGUUCUUGUAGGUGAUAGAUUGGCUCAUCUGUCAUUCUUUAUUUUCGAUAUCUUAUUUCUUGAUAAUUUAUAUUGGCUCCAGUGCUAAUCAUUCAGCUUAUUUUUAAUGGAAAUUUCAUUUAAGCA